UGUUAUGUGGCUGUCAGGAGGCGCGGCUGUCAGAGUCACCUAAACAUCUGGAGAAGUCAGACUGGAAUAAAAGCUCUCAUCAGUGGAUCUGUGUCAUUAAACACUUUUCCUGAUCAUUUUUAUUUUUUACUGGAAACAGUCCAAGAGGUUUGAAGAAUGCGUCGCACCUCAGCCUGGGUCGGCUGGGCGCUGUGUUUGUGCGCGUCUGUGGCCGCGAGCGCGCGGGACGAACCCGAGGACGAGGAGAUGGUGCUGGAUCUGAUCCACGAGGACGGGGCCAAACCUGAAUCCGGAGCCGAGCCGAGUGCGGAGUUCCUCAAGUGCAACAAGGCAGCGUGGCGCAUGCCCGGUCAGUACGUGGUCAUGCUGCAUCAGGGGACGCACAACUCUCACGUGCAGAGGACCAUCAGGAGGCUGAGGGCCAAAGCAUCCAGGAGGGGGGACCCGCUGGAAGUCCUGCAAACAUACUCUGGAGCUCUGCACGGUUUCCUGGUCAAGAUGAGCAGUGACGUCCUUCACCUGGCGAUGAAGCUCCCACAUGUCCAAUACAUAGAGGAGGACUCGUCCAUCUUUGCUCAGAGCGCCCCGUGGAACCUCCAGAGGUUACUGCAGCCUCAUGGAGGAACCUCUGAAAAUGGAACAUACCGACCACCCAACGAUGGUGGAAUGGCGAAGGUGUAUCUGAUGGAUGGCAGUGUUCAGAGUUCUCACAGAGAGAUUGAAGGCCGAGUGCUCAUCACAGACUUUAAUAGCGUCCCUGAGGAGGAUGGAGUCAGAGUUCAUAGACAGGCCAGUCAGUGUGACAGUCAUGGCACGCACAUGGCGGGGGUCGUGAGUGGGUCGGACUCUGGUGUUGCUCGAGGCGCAGGUGUGAACCUGGUCCGUGUGCUCAACUGCCAGGGGAAAGGCACCGUGUCAGGAGCUCUGGCAGGUAUACAGUAUAUCCGAGCAUCUUUACUGGCCCGUCCUGUGAAUGCUGUGGUUGUUUUGCUGCCUUUCAUCGGAGGUUUCAGCCGUUCAUUAAACGCAGCCUGUCUGGACCUGGUGGCCAACGGAGCGGUUGUCAUCGCUGCUGCAGGGAACUACAGAGAAGACGCCUGCCUCUACUCACCUGCUUCAGAGCCUGAGGUCAUAACAGUAGGGGCUGUUAACUCAGCAGACCAGCUCAUGUCACAGGGAGCGGGGGGCACCAACUUUGGCCGCUGCGUUGAUCUCUUUGCACCCGGCGAUGACAUCAUCAGUGCCAGUAGCGACUGCAGCACCUGUUUCACCUCCCGGAGUGGAACCUCCCAGGCUGCUGCACAUGCUGCGGGUAUAGCAGCAGUGAUCCUGUCGUCCAAUCAGAACGUGUCGCCGGUGCAGGUCCUGCAAAUGAUGCUGCAUUAUUCCAUCAGCAACACAAUCAACUUUCUCUCGCUGUCUGACACACAACGUCUCACUACUCCCAACCUGGUAGCAGCCAUGCCUCAUGCCAACAGCACAAAUGGGGAGCUUCUGUGUCGCUCAGUGUGGUCAGAGAGGUCAGGGGUCACGAGUACCGACAAGGCGAUCAGUCGCUGCCGUCUGGGGGAGGAGAUGAUGAGCUGCAGCAGCUACACUCCUGAUGGCGUCCACAUGGGAGAAACCAUCUCGGUGAACAGCGGGCAGAUGGAGUGUGUAGCCUAUAAUGCUGCAGGAGGUGGAGGUGUGUAUGCUGUGGCGCGUUGCUGUGUUAUAAGUGGUCUGCAGUGCCAGGUCCAUGUGAGUCCUGCACCCGGACAAGAUGCAACUUGUGUCGACCCGCAGCACCACCUGACUGGCUGCACGUCUUGGUCCGCUGCUGACGUCUCAUCCAGCUCGCGCCCACACCGCCGUGACCCGAGGCGAUGUGUUGUGACAGAAGGGGCGACGUCUCACGCCGUGUGCUGCCACGCUCCGUCUCUGGAGUGCCACCUGUUGGAAAACUCAUCAGCUGAUAAGGAUCAGGUCGAGGUGUCCUGUCCCUCCGGCUGGACUCUGACAGACUGUAGCGCCAUCUCUCAGGGCUCAGCUAUAUUUGGGCCGGUUGCUAAGGGCAACAGUUGCCGUGUCCACAGUGCUGCAGGAGCUGAUGGGGCAGCUGGCGUCGCCGUUUGCUGCCGCGUCAGACCACCAGAGCAGCACGCUGCUACCUUCCACUGAGCUCGCUUGAUGUCCAACACCUUAAAAAAACAGCUUUGACAUUUCUCUCCUGCAGACUUCUCUAAUGUUGUAUUCUUUUUCAUCUAUCAAUGACAGUCAGUGCUUCUUUAACCCUUUGAUGCACAACAUGGGUCUAAAGUGACCCGAGUAAGUUUUUAUGUUCUAUAUCUUUGCAAUAAAUUAAUUUCAUCAUUCAGUAUUACAGGUUUUCCUCAAAUAACUUGUUUUUACAUCCUAAUUUUUGGUUUUCAUUUCUUACUUUUUGAAUAAAACCCCUAUUUUUUUUUUUUAAUCACUACGCUUCUAAUGCACAAGGUCAUUUUUGACCCAUGUUGUGCAUUAGAAGGUUUUUAUAUGUUGUCACCCAUUUAAAACCUGACAAAGAAGACACAAAUAUUAACUAUCCUAUUUUGUUAAAUUGGUGCUUUUCCAAUGGAAAUUAUUAUUUGGUGGCUCUAAUAAGUAAAAUAUGUGAUUUUCCAAUGUAAUCUGGUGGUUUUAACAACUCUUUUAAAGUUAAACCUUCAAAAUAAGACAAACAUAGUUACACAUAUACUCAAAUAGUUAAUUUAGUGAAUCGCUUUUUGUAUCAGUACACUUCUAAUGCACAAUGUAAUUUUUGACCCAUGUGUUUAAACUUGAUGUAAUAAUACAAAACUAUUUUCUCCAUAAAGUAUGAAAGGAAAAAUGGUUAUCUGUUAUAAUAAAAAAAAAAGAUAUUCAAACACACAGCCAGCAUGAAAUAACAUGGGAAAUGAAUGUGGGUCAUUUUUGACCAAUGUUGUGCAUUAGAAGGUGUUUAUAUGUUGUGCAUCAAAGGGUUAAAGCUCUUUGUGCGUUUCAGUUUUAGGGUUAAAAUAUGCUCCAGCACACAUACUGUAAUAACGCCUCAGACUAUGUCUCCUCAUCUCAUAGUUUGUAAAAUGUAACCAAAUAUUUUUGUAACUUUUACAAAAGAAUUAUGACCAAGAGCAUUCAUGGAUCCUUUGUGUUUUCUUUUUAAAUAAUAUAACAUUCUAAUAAUUUCUUAAAGGUCCCAUAUUGUAAAAAGAGAUCUCCGUGUGUUUUUUAAUUAUAAAGCAGGUGCUAUAUAAAUACUAUGGAAGCAUCAAAAACACUCAAGCCAUGGAGAAACAGUCAGAAACUUCAUUUAAAUGAGCCAUCAGGACUUCUAUGAGGUUGUGAUGUCACUCCUAUAUAUAUAAUAUAGAAGUGCUGCUAAAGUGCCAUUACAGUCAUUCCCAGGCUGCAGUGAUGGUGCAGAAAUCUUGAACACUGAUCAAUCAGAGCAGAAUGACCUUUUUUCAGGAGGGGAACUUAAAGAGACAGGC